GUCUCAGUUCCAAUCUUGUGUUUCUCUUCUUCACUUCACAAACCACUCCAGCCAAGGGUUUCCGAUCAAAGAAUCAAGAACCCUCCAAAUAUUCCGAGAAUGUCAACCCUAACAGUAAUACCACUCCAUUUUCCAAACCCUUAUCCAAUCCUUGUGGUUCUUCUUCUUCUCCUUCUCCUUCACCUGUUGUGAAGAAAUCGUGUUCCAAGUCACAGAAGAAGCCACAAUCCUCGGCAGCAAAGGAGGGUGUUGUGAAUUCCGUUCAGAAGAACAAGAUCAGGCAGAGGAAGUUCGUUGUUGCAAAGAAGAAUAAGAACAAGAAGUUCGAAGGGAGUGGUGGUGAUGGUGAUCAGGGUUCAAACUCAACGCUGUCGUUUUGUAAGUGCAAAGAGAGCAACAAGAACAACAAGUGUCUUUGUGUGGCUUACCAGAAUCUCAGGAAGUCACAGGAAGAGUUCUUCAAGAACAAGCAAGCACAAGAACAAGAGCAAGAUCAAGAAGAUGGAGCUGCUGAGAUUGAGAGAGUGAUCAUUGAAGAAGAACAACGACAACAACAAGAAGCCAUAGGAGAGGAUUGUGGUGGAUAGUUCCAAUUGUAUUAGGUACCCAAAAAUGGCAUCACACUCACCAACCCGUUUCUGUUUCUCUCUCAUUGUUCUCUGUGCAGCCUUCAUCUUGGGAGCUAACGGAGCCUCACCGUCCCACUCGCACAACGCUGCCCCAGCCCCCGCCGUGGAUUGCUCCUCCCUGGUUCUAACCAUGGCGGAUUGCUUGUCCUUCGUCACCAAUGGCAGCACCACCACCAAGCCGGAAGGUAACUGCUGCUCCGGGCUCAAAUCGGUUCUGAAAACGGCGCCUCAGUGUCUGUGUGAAGCCUUCAAGAGCAGCGCUCAGUUCGGCGUCGUUCUCAAUGUCACCAAGGCCCUCGCUCUCCCCGCUGCAUGCAAAGUCUCCGCCCCUUCCGCUUCCAACUGUGGAUUGUCUGAAACACCUGCCGCCGCUCCUGUGUAUCUAACAGGACUUCUAAUGGAGGUAGAAGAAGCAGAAGAAAUAGUUUGGAAUCAACUAGCACCUUUGGGGGAAGCAGGUGGAAGAAGAAGCAGCAGCUGAGAGUCACCAGCCAAAAACCAUUCAAGCUAAGAACUGAGGAAAGGGGAAAGGUGAAAGAGGAAGAAUUUGUGAAGAAGAUACAUGAAAUGAUGACAGAGGAAGAGAAGCAAAGGAUACUGGGCUUCCAUGGACAACAGAUGAACCUGAGUGUUUGGUAAAGCCUCCUGUCAAAGAAAUCACACAGCCGAUUGACCUGCAGCUUCACAGUGAUGUGCGGGCAAUGGAUCGUGCUGAGUUUGAUCAUCAGGUCCUUCAUCUCCAACAAUUCCCCUUCAAGCUCAACCGGCAACACCUUCUCCUCCCUUGGAGAUGCUUCUCGCCGCAAUCAUCGUCGUUGAACUCUUCCAUGCCGUCCGCCUUCGAUACCCCGCCAGUGCAUUGUUUCCGGUUUGCCGCAGCCACUGAUGCUCCACCUACUCCAAUGUGAUUCAGAGGCUCCUGAAGGAUUAUUCUCCGGUAGAGAAAUUAUCGAUUCCGACACAAAGUUUCAUGAGUUUUGUGAGGAGUUCUAUCGGUCUGUGAAGAACAGGGGAGUGGCAAAUUCGGGGAUUGAUGAGGCUGAAAGUUGAAGACCAAGGUAUGGUGGGUUAAUUCUAUCAUUGAUUUCCUUUUAUGAUCUUUUCCUUUUAUUCAAAAUCAAUAUCUCUGGAGCUUUAUAUUUCUAUACAAAAAAUUAACAGAAGAUAGCUAACAAUUUUUUCUGGGUUAACUGCAUUUUCU